GCUGCGCAUGCCCGUCGCUAGGCAACGCCCACUCAAACGCAAGCAACGCCCAGUGCCGGCGCACCGACCAAUGGCGAGGCGCUGUGGAUGAGUGGCAGCGCGGCGGGCCAAUAGCGAUGUGGCGGCGGUGACGCGGGAUGAUAUAACCGGCACGGCGGGCGUUGGGCGCUCAUUGCGCGACCGCUCGCUGCCCGCUCCACUUGCCUCGCCAUGCGGGAGAUCGUGCACCUGCAGGCCGGCCAGUGCGGCAACCAGAUCGGGGCCAAGUUCUGGGAAGUUAUCAGUGACGAGCACGGCAUCGACCCUACUGGAACCUACCACGGAGAUAGUGAUCUCCAGCUGGAGAGAAUUAAUGUCUAUUAUAAUGAGGCGACAGGUGGUAAAUAUGUGCCUCGCGCUGUCCUCAUGGAUUUGGAACCUGGCACUAUGGACUCUGUUCGCUCUGGACCCUUUGGACAGAUUUUCCGACCUGAUAAUUUUGUGUUUGGUCAGAGUGGUGCCGGUAAUAACUGGGCUAAAGGUCACUACACUGAAGGUGCUGAAUUGGUUGACUCUGUUCUGGAUGUGGUGAGGAAGGAGGCUGAGAGUUGUGAUUGUCUUCAAGGCUUUCAACUCACCCACUCACUAGGUGGUGGUACUGGUGCUGGCAUGGGUACACUCCUCAUCAGUAAGAUUCGAGAAGAAUAUCCUGAUAGAAUCAUGAACACUUUUAGUAUUGUGCCCUCACCUAAAGUAUCAGACACUGUAGUAGAGCCUUAUAAUGCAACUCUAUCUGUCCAUCAGCUCGUGGAGAACACUGAUGAAACUUACUGCAUUGAUAAUGAGGCUCUUUAUGACAUCUGUUUCCGUACCCUUAAACUGACAACUCCUACUUAUGGUGAUUUAAACCACCUUGUGUCUGCUACCAUGAGUGGCGUCACAACCUGUUUGAGAUUCCCUGGGCAGCUCAAUGCUGACUUGCGAAAACUAGCUGUAAACAUGGUUCCCUUUCCCCGUCUGCACUUCUUUGUGCCAGGUUUCACUCCUUUGACCAGCCGUGGUAGCCAGCAGUACCGUGCUCUCACAGUACCUGAGCUUACCCAACAGAUGUUUGAUGCCAAGAACAUGAUGGCUGCCUGUGACCCUCGGCAUGGCCGUUACCUGACAGUUGCUGCUGUUUUCCGUGGCCGUAUGUCCAUGAAGGAGGUUGAUGAACAGAUGCUGAAUGUACAGAAUAAGAAUAGUACCUAUUUUGUGGAGUGGAUUCCCAAUAAUGUUAAGACUGCUGUUUGUGACAUCCCACCUCGAGGGCUCAAGAUGUCUGCCACAUUCAUUGGCAAUACAACAGCCAUCCAAGAGCUGUUUAAGCGUAUCUCUGAGCAGUUUACUGCUAUGUUCAGAAGGAAAGCUUUCUUGCAUUGGUACACUGGCGAGGGCAUGGAAGAGACUGAAUUUACUGAAGCUGAGAGCAACAUGAAUGACCUGGUGUCUGAGUAUCAGCAAUACCAGGAUGCCACAUCUGGAGAAGAGGCUGAAGAGGAAGAAUUAGGCGGAGAAGAAAAUUAAGAUAUAUAUUGUGCAUUUUGCCUAUUGCCAUUC